GAUUUCCGACUUUAAAAGUGUUCACAAGUUAAAAACUGACAGGAUGCCGGGCGUGGUCUUCCUAAUCGUUGUGCCGACGGCGAAUUUUGAACGUGAGCUGAUUUACGGCACUUCAAAUAAUGCCCUGGUGGAGACGUCGGCCGGUGGCAUUGGCAGCCAUCCAGGACACCUCGGCCAUCCUGUGGUCGCUGCAGCCGGCCAUGGAGGUGGCAACAAUAAUCUGAACAUCAAUCUUCCGGAGAACAACAACGCAAUACUACGACUCGAAGUUGAAUUACGUGACAAGAAUGUGCCCAAGUAUCGACGUGGAGCGGGCGGUGGGCGUGGCGGAGGCCCGGGCAUCGGACAAGUGGGCGGCGGGGGAGGAGGAGGAGGACGAGGAGGCAAGCGCACCGCAGGAGCAGGACUUCCAGUUGGGGCAGCUGACACCUCCACGGUCGUCGAGCCGCUGGACAGACGUAAUUUAGUGGUGCCGCUUGAAAAGGUACUUGAGGAGUUGCUUGUCAAGCUGGAAAUUGAGCACGUUACUUGGACGACCAGCAAGAAGGGAUAUUUCCAUCACGUCGUCUUCCCGCUGCAGGCAGGUGCCGCCUGCGAGACGACCCUGCACUGCCUCACGGAGCUGGGCAUUGGCACUAAAUUGAAUUCCAGUGUCAGUGUGCUGCCGUGCAGCGUUAGUUAUGAUGCCAUCACAGAUGCGGCCAACAUGCGCGAUGACUACAGCGAGGAAGCCGAGGAUGCCUCGAAAUGGAACAGUUUCGUGGAAUCAAUUAAAUCGAAAUUAACAGUCAAACAGGUGGUGGACGGAGUGCGGGCCGGAGGAUCCUUGUCCUUCGACUAUCUGCUGCUAAUCGUUACCGCCGACUCCCUGGCGGCCCUCGGUCUCGUCGAGAAUAAUGCCCCGAAUAUAGUGGCUGCCAUGUUAGUUUCGCCGCUUAUGGGUCCCGUAAUGUCGAUAACAUUCGGCGCAAUUAUCUCCGACAAAGAACUAAUGCGAGUUGGCUUCCUGUGUCUGGGCCUGGGCAUGUUCAUCUCCCUGGUCUUUGGCUUCGUCUUCGGCCUGAUUCUGGGCACCACCGAAAUGCCAUGGGGCCAGAAUGCCGACUGGCCCACGGAGGAGAUGCGCGGCAGGGGCAAUGUGCGCGCCCUUUGGAUGGGCGUUCUGUGGGCAUUAACAUCUGGCACUGGCGUGGCCGUGGCCUUGCUCCAGGGUUCCGCAGGACCCCUGAUCGGGGUCGCCAUUUCAGCCUCCCUCCUGCCGCCAGUUGUCAAUUGUGGUCUCUUCUGGUCACUGGCCUGCAUUUGGCUCAUCUACCCGGAGAAGCGGAUUCCCCACUUGAAGAACGAGGCGAUGAACUCGACCAGCGCGUAUCCCUUCAUCUACACGAACUACUUGCCCACCGAGUUCCUGAUCAACGGCAUCGUUUCCGCCUGCCUGACCAUCGUGAAUGUGAUUUGCAUAUUUAUCACGGCCAUAAUCGUAUUGAAAAUUAAAGAGGUCUCGGCGCCAUACACGGCUAGUCCGGACUUAAAGCGAUUUUGGGAAACAGAUCUUCGCACCGUUCGCAAAACGAAUCGCUCAACAAUGCGGCAUCCCCGCAGCCGGAGCAGCGUGGUUGGAGGACCUGGAGGUCCUGGAGGGAGGGGAACCGUCAGGGGCAUGGACAAGUUCGGCGGUAACGCCCACUAUCACGGAUUGGACGAGCGGGAUGCCCAGAUGGACAAUGCCCUGGAAAGGGCUCUGGCCCAGGCCGAGAACGACGCCACUUUCCGGAAGGUCAAGCGGAUGAGCUACUCGAGCAAUGCGGCUGGGGAGCUCACCGAACGACUGGCCAAGAUUGCCGGACUCAAUCGGCUUAAGACAGAUUUGGACCCUGGACAGACGAGCUCGGGCAGCUUGUCCGGCAGUCGGAUGAACUCGAUUCCCAACUCCCAGCUGAACGUAGAUCUGAAGGCGCUGGACAAGCUGGUCAGUACGCUUCUGGAGCAGCACACUUCAGGGAGUAAGGGAGCUCCUCCAUUUAACCCCGAGAUGGGCACCCGCACCCCGCCCCUCCAGCGGAUGGCCUCCAAGAAGCUCAACCGCUGGCGCCCCCUCUCCCGGUCCGCACACAGCUACAAGCGGCACGAAAGUAGCGAUCUGAUCGGGGGCAGCUUCACCCAACUAAUGGAGCGGGUCGAUCCGCCGGCCACGUCCGCCCAGCACCAACCCAACAUGCCCACGAUCAUGGAGAGCAGUGCGGGCAGUCCCGGCAGUCCAGCUCCAAACAAUGCGCAGCCGCAGGCGGGUCACCCGCCCAUGUGGUCUGCAUCCUUGGACGCCACUCAGGGAGCGGUGCGAAAUGUACUCCACGGCAUCGGCCAAGCGACCGCUGGUGUGGCAAGACCUGAGGCCGAGGAUCAGCUAAAUUUGACACAAAACUAUGUGGGAUAAUCUAUGGGUAACCCCACUUCGAUUUAGAUUUCACAUUUUGAAGAUUGA